AAAUAUUUUUUGUUUUUGGUUUUUUCAAUAUAAUUAGAGGAAAAUAAAAACUAUAAGGAAUUCGUACACAACGGAAUUUACUGCAUGCACUGGAUUCAUAUUAAUUUUUAGACACAUCUCCCGUAUUACUAAUCCAGGUUCGUUGCCUGGCAGGCUGUUUUUCCUAAGUUGUGUUUGUAAAGCAUGGCAACUUUUAAAUUGGCCUGUACCUCUGCUCACGCUAAGAAAAUAGCAGAAAAAAUUGCUUUGCCGAAAAACAGGCUAUCAUCUACUAUUACAGUUGGCAAAAUGAAGGGAAUGCUAAUCUUGAUAUUGGUGCUAACUGGAACUUUAUUUUGCUUACAUUUAGCCAUGUUUGAGAGCAAAAUUGACUAUUUUCAUAAACCCACGAUUUGGAACAAAUUUAGAGCUGACAAAAGGAUAUCUUUAACAAUGAACCCAGAUUCCGUUUUGAAUUUUUCUCCUAAUUUUGAGACAAAGAGUACAAGUUACCGUGAAAACACUCGAAAUCUUACAGUUAUUACGGCUUAUUGGAAUCUUGGAACAUUUCAGAAAGGAUUAACAGGAGCACAUUUUUCGACGAACACUUAUUUUUCUUGGGCGUUCACAUUUAAAUAUCUCUUGAAUCAACUUGUUGUUUACACAGACAUGAAAGAAUUCAAAGAAUUAAUAGAAAAUUUACGAGUCGAUCUGAUAAAUAGUACAAAAAUUUUCUUAUUAAAUCGGACAGAUGUUUGGCCUUUUCAACUUAAAGAGAGAAUGAAAGUUAUUUAUAGUCAACCUGGCUAUCCAAAAUAUUAUCCUAAUACAGUUAAUCCAGGAUAUACAGCAGCGCAACAUGCGAAAUAUGCAGUUGUAGCUAAUACUGUGAGGAAGGGAAUAUUUCGUGCUCCUUAUUACGCUUGGCUGGAUGUUGGGUAUUUUAGAGAUAUUGCAAAGAGAAAAGUUUUUUUUGAAUUACACACCCCAGAAGGAUUUGACCCAGAUAGAUUAGCUGUGAAUCGAAUAAAUGACCUUUCAAUGAAUGUAGAUCCUUUCAAUAUAUUUAGAAACAAUGAUGUUUGGGUAGGCGGUGGAAUGUUUCUAGGGAGUGGAAAAGUAAUUCUUGAAUUUGAAAAAUUGUACCACAAAGCAGUGUUGUACUUUCUUGAACAAAAAAUAAUGAAUUCCGACCAGCAAGUGUUGUAUGCUUUGUAUAGUAAAAAGGGUAGAGAAGCUCUGAAGCCCAAUCUUGAACUUCAGUUGUAUAUUCCCAAAGGAUCAGGAAAUCCUUGGUUUUAUCUAGGAUACUUAUGUGUAAAUGACGUAUUGAAGGAAAGAAAAAUUGAGAGACAGAUAGGGGAAGAGUAAAACCACUAUUUCCUGAAAUACUUUA